GAGGCGGCGAACACUCUGGAGGCAGGAGGCCGAUCCGGCAGCUCGGUACCGGACCGCAGGGCGCUGACCGCGGCCGGGGCGGCGGCUCGGAAGAGCUUGGGUGGCCGCCUCGGGGCGCUCCUUCCUCCGGGCCAGGGGGCAGCGCGCUGGCCUCCAGGGGCCGGGACCUGAGCGGCAGGCGGCGGGGCGGCGGAAGGCUGUCCCGAUACUGGCCAGGCCCUGAAGGGAAACCCGUGGGUGGUCGUUGACAGCCGGGGUGAGGGGGCCCAGCCUUGCCGGGAGAGUGGGCUACGAGGAAACCGGUGGGGAGCUCGCCGUGCGCCCGGGCCCGCCGCGCUGAGGCACGCAGGCCGGGGGUGGGGGCGCCUUGGGGACGGCUCUGCUCGGCACCUGGCGCGGCUGCGGGGGGCCGGGCGCUCCUGCAGAAGCAGGUGUGGGGUGUCGUGCUGUCCUUCAGGUGACGUCUCAGCCCUUUUCUCCAGGCAGUUGCGGCUGGGACCUCCUACCUGGUCUGCCGGUCAAAGAGCAGGAAGCAGCGAUGUCUGCCGUGGGUUCUGCAGCUCCACACCUGCAUCGCCCUGGUGACAGUCACAGUGGCUGCAUGAGUUUCCUGGGCGCCCAGCUGCCUCCAGAGGUGGCAGCAAUGCCCCAGCUCCUGAGGGACCUGGACAGGGGCACAUUCAGAAAGUUGCUGAAGCUGGUGGUCAGCAGCCUGCAGGGAGAAGAUUGCCGUGAGGCUGUGCGGCGCCUCGGGGCUGGCGCAGACCUGCCUGAGGAGCGGCUGGGUGCCCUGAUCGCUGGCACAUACACCCUGCUCCAGCAGGCCCUCCGGCUGCCCCCGGCCAGCCUGAAGCCCGAUGCCUUCAAGAACCAGCUCCAGGAGCUCUGCAUUCCCCAAGACCUGGUCGUGGACUUGGCCAGUGUGGUGUUUGGGAGCCAGCGGCCUCUCCUUGACUCUGCGGCCAGGCAGCAGGGGGCCUGGCUGCCCCAUGUUGCCGACUUUCGGUGGAGGGUGGACGUGGCCAUCUCCACCAGCGCCCUGGCCCGCUCCCUGCAGCCAAGUGUCCUGAUGCAGCUGAAGCUCUCGGAUGGGUCGGCCCUCCGCUUCGAGGUCCCCACGGCCAAGUUCCAGGAGCUGCGGUUCGGUGUGGCCAUGGUCCUGAAGGAGAUGGCCGACCUGGAGAAGAGGUGCGAGCGCAAACUGCAGGGCUGAGCCUUGCUUGCCGGUCCCCUUCUGGUCACCGGGGAUAGCUGGCUCAGAUAGGUGUCUCCAGAGCAAAGGCUGCCCUUCCCGUUUGAGUAUAAUCGUGUAUUUCUCUAAGUGAAGAAGACAGCCGUGUCCUUCCCUUUUUUUGGAAGUAAAGCAGCUACACAAAAUACGUUCUCCUGGGUAGGCAUCAAACUGCAGGCCCCGUCCCCCCAGCUGUCAGUUGGUCUUGUUGCCAGGUAAGGGCACCCACUGCUCCGGUGUGGCCAUGUGUGGUCUAGUCACAGUCUGGGGUCCAGACCAAGGCCUUUGUGAGGACACAGAGGUUCCUCAGCCUGGCCCCACUUAACAACUGAGCUCUUGCUCCUGUGAUUUUGGGAACCCUGUGCUUCAGGGUGCACAUUUCAUUCCCCUGUCUUAAAUCCCUGACCUUAUGGAGAGCAUUUUAGUGGGGAGAGGGAGGCAUUACGAAGUGCAUAAUAUAAACAAGUGGUAUAGCUCAUGGGAGGAUGGGAAGUGGUGCAGGAGGUAGAGCAGCCUUUGGAGAUGGGGGGCAAGGCUGUGGGAGAACUGGACUGUCAUUUUAAAUUGGGUCGUGGGGGGACCUCCCUGGUGGCCCAGUGGUUAAGAAUCCUUCCAAUGCAGGGGAUGCGGGUUUGAUCACUGGUCGGGGGACUAAGAUCCCACAUGCCAUGGGGCAACUAAGCCUGCGUGCCACAACUACUGAGCCCAUGCGCUGCAAACUACAGAGCCCAUGUGCUCUGGAGCCCACGCGCUGUAACUAGAAAGAAGCCUGCACGCUGCAACGAAAACCAGACGCAGCCAAAAAAAAAAAAAAAUUCAGGGCAUCAGUUGCGCCUCCUUGAGGACAUGGUACCUGAGCAAAGACUUAAAGGAGGCGAGGCGGAGGGAGCAGCCUGUGGUGCACAGGCCACGUGGCUGCAGCCAAGUUGGGGGAAGGUGAGUGGAGGGCACAGGGGGCAGUCCCAAGGGCCUCUCUAAGAGCUUUGGCUCAAUCCUGAGUGAAAUGAGUGUGAUGUGACAAUUGUUUUCAGAGGAUUAUACUGGAUGCUGUGUUGAUAGCAGAGCGUAGGGCAGCAGGGUAGGGAUUGGGCGUCUGGUGGAGUUGGCGGUGGCAGGGGAGAGGGGAGCAGGGGCCUUGCCUGGGUGCCUCUAGGGUGGGAGUGUGCAGAGCCCGUGGCCAGCCCUGUACCCUCCAGCAUAACCACACCCCAGGUAGGGGCCUGGCGUGUCCCUGCUUCCAUGUUCUGCCGCGAAACCAGGUCACAGGUCUGGUGGUGUUAAUAGGCCCGAGCAUCAGGCAGGAACCUCCUCUGAAAACAGCAAAUGAGCUUGGGUGCCCACCUGGCACCUGCGCUUCCCCAGCGCCCCCUUCCUGCCCCCUGCUCCAUGCCACGACCCAUCAAGAGCGGCAGUGUUUGCUCUAUGCUGUUUCCAGAACACUCCCAUGAUCUCGGUUAAUUGAGGCCUUUCCCUAAGUUAGGGUCCUGGCAAGUUAGGUGUGGGCCAAGGGCACAGAGAGGAGGAGGCCACCCUAAGGUGCUGCUGUACGCUUGGAGCUAGAGUUUCAGAGGCCAAGCCGCAGGCGGGGCCCCAUCUUGGCUCAGCCGAGGAGUGCAGACUCCCCAGGUCUCCUUCAGCGUCAGCUGGCAUCCUUGGGCCCUGCUUCCCUGAGGACAGGAGCUGGCCUGGACUGUGCUCGCGGUUGCCCGGACCUGCUCAGAAUAACGUGCACAGGUAAGCUGAGCACCACAUCUGCCUCAACCAGUGAUGGAGGCUUUCCUGGCACUGUCACUGUGCUGUGACUUCUUCCUCGACCGCUGGGCAUGUGUCAGGAAUAUGUACUCAUUAUGAUACGUUUGGAAAAAACGAAAAAGUAAAACAAACAAAAAAAUAAAAAGAUACAAAAAACUCCUUUGCCCAUAGACGGUCAUGGAGAAACCGUCUUGACUAGACUUGACGUUUACGCUCUGUGCUGUCUCUGUGUUAACACAGCUCUGUUCAUGUAACUCUUCCUGAUAUGAGGGUCUGUCUAAUGGCAGCAGAACAUGCAUCUUCCCGGUGGGCGUGCCAAGUUUCUCUUGGGGAAAACAAACAAAGCACCACAGACUGGGCAGCCUAUAAAACAACAGACAUUGAUUUCUCACAGUGCGGAGGCCAGAUGUCCGAGGUCAGGGGGCCAGCAGGGGCGGGUGAGGCCCUCUUCCUGGCUGCAGACUUAUGUGUCCUCACGUGGAGGGAGGGGCAAGGGAGCUCUGUGGGGUCUCUUGUCAGGGGGACUCCAGCUUCAUGACCGAAGCACUCCCAAAGGCCCCACCUCAUAACACCCUCACAUUGGGCAUUAGGAUUUCAACACAUACAUAUACAUUUGGGGGACACAGACAUUCAGACUAGAGCAACUUCCGUGAUUCAUUUUUUUUCUUAAUUAAAAAAUCACUGAUGUUGGGACCUCCCUGGUGGCUAAGUGGUUAAGACUCUGUGCUCCCAAUGCAGGGGGCCCAGGUUCAAUCCCUGGUCAGGGAACUAGAUCCCACAUGCUUGCUGCAACUAAGAGUUCACAUGCCACAAGUAAGGAGCCCUCGAGCUGCAACGAAGACCCGGCACAACCAAAUAAAUAUUUUUAAAAAUCACAGUGAGGACUUCCCUGGUGGCACAGUGGUUAAGAAUCCACCUGCUCAUGCAGGGGACACGGGUUCGUUUCCUGGUCCGGGAGGAUCCCACAUGCCAUGGAGCAACUAAGCCCAUGUGCCGCAACUACUGAGCCCACAUGCUGCAACUACUGAAGCCCACACGCCUAGAGCCCAUGCUCCGCAACAAGAGAAGCCACCACAAUGAGAAGCCCGCGCACCACAAUGAAGAAUAGCCCCUGCUCUCCACAACUAGAGAAAGCCUGCGCGCAGCAACGAAGACCCAACACAGCCAAAAAAAACAACAACAGUGAUGUUAUGCAACUAGAUAUGCAACUAGAGAUUAUCAUACUAAGUGAAGUAAGUCAGACAAAGACAAAUACCAUAUGAUAUCACAUGUUUGGAAUCUAAAAUGCAUACGACACAAAUGAACAUAUCUACGAAACAGACUCACAUGGAGAACAGACUUGUGGUUGCCAAGGGGGUGGGGGUGGGGGAGGGAAGGACUGGGAGUUUGGGAUGAACAGAUGCAAAGUAGUAUAUGUAGAAUGGAUAAACAACAAAGUCCUACUGUAUAGCACAGGGAACUAUAUUCAGUAUCCUGUGAUAAACCGUAAUGGAAAAGAGUAUGAAAAAGAAUAUAUAUAUGUAUAACUGAAUCACUUUGCUGUACACGAGAAAUUAGCACAACAUUGUAAAUCAACUAUACUUCAAAAAAAUUUUUAAAUCAUUGAUGUCAAUAGUAAACGGUAGAAAGAUUUUAUAUUAAAACUAUUUAGAAGUAGGAACAGAGGAGGCAGAAUGUGACCACUUUCCACGUUGAAUCAUUCCAUGUGUAGACUUUUGUGUUGGCUUCUUUUACUUAACACAGUGUUGUAAAAAAAAGAAUGUGAUCAUCUUAGGGGCUUCCCUGGUGGCACAGUGGUUAAGAAUUCUCCUGCCAAUGCAGGGGACACAGGUUUGAGCCCUGGUCUGGGAAGAUACCACAUGCCGCGGAGCAACUAAGCCCGUGCGCCACAACUACUGAGGCUGUAGUGCCACAACUACUGAAGCCUGCUUGCCGAGAGCCCGUGCUCCACAACAAGAGAAGCCACCGCAAUGAGAAGCCCGCGCACCACAACGAAGAGUAGCCCCUGCUCUCCACAACUAGAGAAAGCCCGCGCGCGGCAACGAAGACCCAACGCAGCCA